AUACCUGAGGACAUUGAAAGCUGGAAGAGAAGCAGUUAAACUUAACGUGUCUAGUCUACUGUCGUGCAUGUUUUUUGUCAAUCUUUUCUCCUCUUGCUGCGUCACAUCACUGCCGUUGAAUUAGAUGCGUGCUCUACGCGCUGUAUUUCUAUUGUAGAGUUCAGAGGUUAACGUCCAACAGUAACCUGCCUGCGCAUCGUCACAUCACCCCACUGUCUGCUGUUAAAGCGUUUACAGGAGCGUUAUGACCUCGCCGUGAUGUGAUUUCUCACACGAUGGAUGUCUUGCUGACACACUGACUUUAUCACUUCGUUUUUCUUCUAAUCUUCCAGGAUUACGUGUCGGUUUAUUACCACCGUUUUUGCAGCCUGUUCGCGUCGGCCUGACAUGGCACAGCAGAGUGGCGCCGCGAAGAAGCACCCCUCUGUUUCCGGGCUGCAGUCUCACUUCAUUGUGGGAUCUGUUUCGGAGGAGAACUCGGAAGAUGAAAUCCAAGCGAAGCCGGAGGUGCAGCUGGAAGAGAAGGAUGCACGGUCUUCGUCACCGUCCUCCACAAGCUCCGACAGCACCUUUGAGAUGGGCUUUGACCACGUUGACGGGUCUAUGCACCAUUUAAGGCCGAGCAUGUCUGGGCUGCACUUGGUGAAACAAGGACAGGGGCGAGAUCGCAGGCGCAUCGAUCUGCAGAGGGACUUCACUGUUGCUUCUCCUGCUGAGUUUGUCACUCGCUUUGGUGGCAACAAAGUCAUAGAGAAGGUGCUAAUUGCUAACAAUGGGAUUGCUGCUGUCAAAUGCAUGCGCUCCAUCCGUCGGUGGGCCUAUGAGAUGUUUCGGAACGAAAGGGCGAUUCGGUUUGUUGUCAUGGUGACCCCAGAGGACCUGAAGGCCAAUGCAGAGUACAUCAAAAUGGCGGAUCAUUAUGUGCCAGUACCAGGAGGGACCAACAACAACAACUAUGCCAAUGUGGAACUCAUUUUGGACAUCGCCAAGCGCAUCCCUGUUCAGGCUGUGUGGGCAGGUUGGGGUCACGCCUCAGAAAACCCCAAACUUCCAGAGCUGCUUCACAAGAACGGCAUCGCUUUCAUGGGUCCCCCUAGUCAGGCCAUGUGGGCUCUGGGAGAUAAAAUCGCAUCUUCCAUAGUUGCUCAGACAGCUGGAAUACCUACUCUACCUUGGAGUGGAACAGGCCUGACAGUAGAAUGGACGGAGAGCGACCAAAAGAAAAAGAUCAUCAACGUUCCAUCUGAUGUCUACGAGUUAGGCUGCAUUCAAGGUGUCGAGGAUGGCCUGAAAGCUUCAGAGAAGGUCGGCUACCCUGUCAUGGUAAAGGCGUCGGAAGGAGGUGGAGGGAAAGGAAUCCGCAAGGUCAACUCCGCUGAUGACUUCCCAAACCUUUACAGACAGGUUCAAGCAGAAGUCCCUGGGUCCCCCAUUUUCGUGAUGCAGCUAGCCAAACAUGCUCGACACUUGGAGGUCCAGAUUUUGGCUGAUCAAUAUGGGAAUGCUAUAUCUCUGUUUGGGAGAGACUGCUCUGUGCAGCGGCGGCACCAGAAAAUUAUCGAAGAAGCUCCUGCUACCAUUGCAACGUCUGAUGUGUUUGAGGACAUGGAGCGGUGUGCAGUGAAGCUGGCGAAGAUGGUGGGCUACGUCAGCGCCGGUACAGUAGAGUACUUGUACAGCCAAGAAGGCAGCUUCUACUUCCUGGAGCUCAACCCUCGUCUGCAGGUGGAACACCCGUGUACUGAGAUGGUAGCUGAUGUCAACCUGCCUGCAGCUCAGUUGCAGAUUGCUAUGGGAAUUCCUCUCCACCGAAUCAAAGACAUCCGGAUGCUAUAUGGAGUUCAGCCCUGGGGUGACUCUCCCAUUGACUUUGAGGGGCUGUCUACCGCCCCCUCUCCGCGGGGACAUGUCAUUGCAGCUCGUAUCACCAGUGAAAAUCCAGAUGAGGGAUUUAAGCCGAGCUCUGGAACAGUGCAGGAGCUGAAUUUCCGCAGCAAUAAGAACGUAUGGGGCUACUUCAGCGUGGCAGCUGCUGGUGGGCUGCAUGAGUUUGCAGACUCUCAGUUUGGACACUGUUUCUCUUGGGGGGAGAAUCGUGAAGAGGCAAUAUCAAACAUGGUGGUGGCCUUGAAAGAGCUGUCCAUCAGAGGAGACUUCAGGACAACUGUGGAAUACCUCAUCAAGCUGCUGGAGACGGAAAGCUUUCAGCACAACAGCAUUGAUACUGGCUGGCUGGACAGACUCAUCUCAGAGAAGAUGCAGGCCGAGCGUCCUGAUACCAUGCUAGGAAUCGUGAGUGGUGCCCUUCAUGUGGCAGAUGUCAAUUUAAGGAACAGUGUGUCAAACUUCCUGCACUCUUUGGAAAGGGGUCAGGUGCUGCCGGCUCACACACUGCUCAACACUGUUGAUGUGGAACUGAUCUAUGAAGGCCGAAAGUAUGUCCUAACUGUGACACGCCAGUCUCCCAACUCUUACGUGGUCAUUAUGAACAACUCUUCCGCCGAGGUGGAUGUUCACCGGCUCAGUGACGGAGGCCUGCUGUUGUCUUACGACGGCAGCAGCUACACCACCUACAUGAAAGAGGAGGUCGACCGGUAUCGGAUCACAAUUGGGAACAAAACUUGUGUGUUUGAAAAGGAGAACGAUCCAUCGCUGCUGCGGUCGCCUUCAGCUGGCAAACUGAUUCAAUAUGCAGUUGAAGAUGGCGGUCAUGUUUUUGCAGGCCAGUGCUACGCUGAGAUAGAGGUGAUGAAGAUGGUGAUGACCCUCACAGCUGUGGAGUCUGGCUGUAUUCACUACGUGAAGAGGGCAGGAGCAGCUCUGGAGCCUGGGUGUGUCAUUGCCAAACUGCAGCUUGACGACCCCAGCAGAGUACAACAGGCGGAGUUGCACACUGGGGCACUCCCUUCGAUUCAAGCAGUGGCUCUGAGAGGCGAGAAACUGCACAGAGUUUUUCACAGCACCCUUGACCACUUGGUUCACAUCAUGAACGGCUACUGUCUGCCAGAGCCAUUCUUCAGUGCCAGGUUGAGGGAGUGGGUGGAGAGACUGAUGAAGACAAUGCGCGACCCGUCCUUGCCUCUGUUGGAGCUUCAAGACAUCAUGACCAGUGUAUCAGGUCGCAUUCCGCCCGCAGUGGAGAAGGCCAUCAAAAAGGAGAUGGCUCAGUAUGCGAGUAACAUCACAUCUGUGUUGUGCCAGUUCCCAAGCCAACAGAUUGCAAACAUUUUGGACAGCCAUGCUGCAACUCUGAACAAGAAGUCUGAGCGAGAAGUCUUCUUCAUGAACACACAGAGCAUUGUGCAGCUAGUGCAGAAGUAUCGCAGUGGCAUCCGGGGUCACAUGAAGGCAGUCGUGAUGGACUUGCUGAGACAGUAUCGUAAAGUGGAAGUACAAUUUCAGAAUGGUCACUAUGAUAAGUGUGUGUUUGCACUGCGUGAAGAGAACAAAGGUGACAUGGCCAACGUCCUCAACUACAUCUUCUCUCACGCACAAGUCACAAAGAAGAACCUUCUGGUCACCAUGCUUAUUAACCAGCUGUGUGGACGAGACCCCACUCUGACAGAUGAACUUGUGGCUAUCUUGACUGAACUCACCCAGCUGAGCAAAACCACCAAUGCCAAAGUGGCUCUGCGAGCACGACAGGUACUGAUCGCCUCUCACCUGCCUUCUUAUGAGCUGCGACACAACCAGGUGGAGUCCAUCUUCCUGUCUGCUAUCGAUAUGUAUGGACACCAGUUCUGCAUCGAGAACCUGCAGAAACUCAUCCUCUCUGAAACAUCCAUCUUUGAUGUUCUGCCCAACUUCUUCUACCACAGUAACCAGGUGGUAAGAAUGGCCGCUCUGGAGGUGUACGUCCGCAGAGCUUACAUUGCAUAUGAGCUCAACAGUGUUCAACAUCGCCAGCUGAGGGACAACACAUGUGUCGUGGAGUUCCAGUUCAUGCUUCCCACAUCGCAUCCCAACAGAGGGAACAUCCCCACUCUCAACAGGAAAAUGUCUGCCGCUCUGAUGCUGGAUAAUGUAAAAGGCUCGGACACUAAAUUGCAGGAAACUAAACCCCAGGACCUCAAUGCUCAUGAGAGUAUAUCUAAGGACGAUAGUUCUGAGGACAGUUUAUCACUUUGGGAAACUGUGGACAGGAUGUCGUUUUCCUCCAACCUCAACCACUACGGCAUGGUCCACGUGUCCAGUGUGAGCGACGUCUUGCUUGACACGUCCUUCACUCCUCCCUGCCAGCGAAUGGGAGCCAUGGUGUCUUUCCGAUCCUUCCAGGAGUUCACCAAGAACAUAUCAGACGUCUUGAGCUGUUUCUCUGACUCCCCUCCACCAAGCCCGACAUUCCCUGAGGGAGGGAACCCAGUAUUAUAUGGUGAAGAGGACUCAAAGAGUGUUCGGGAUGAACCCAUCCAUAUCCUGAACGUGGCCAUAAAGACAGACUCUGACAUUGAUGAUGAUGGUCUGGCAUCCAUGUUCCGGGAAUUUACACAAUCACAGAGGUCCCUGCUGUUUGAACAUGGCAUCCGUAGGUUGACCUUUCUCGUGGCUCAGAAGGAUUUCAGGAAACAGAUCAACUGUGAGGUGGACCAAAGGUUUCAUAGAGAAUUCCCUAAAUUCUUCACAUUCCGUGCAAGAGACAAGCUGGAGGAGGACAGGAUCUAUCGACAUUUGGAGCCGGCACUAGCUUUCCAGCUGGAGCUCAACCGAAUGCGUAAUUUUGCCCUGACUGCUAUCCCCUGCGCCAACCACAAGAUGCACUUGUACCUGGGGGCGGCCCGAGUGGAAGUUGGCACUGAGGUGACCGACUACCGCUUCUUUGUGCGCGCCAUCAUCCGCCACUCAGAUCUGGUGACAAAGGAAGCGUCGUUUGAGUACCUCCACAAUGAGGCCGAGCGUCUGCUUCUGGAGGCCAUGGACGAGCUGGAGGUGGCGUUCAAUAACACCACUGUGCGAACUGACUGCAACCACAUAUUCCUCAAUUUUGUCCCUACAGUUAUCAUGGACCCCUCCAAGAUCGAGGAAUCUGUCCGCUCCAUGGUCAUGCGUUACGGCAGCCGACUGUGGAAGUUGCGCGUUCUACAGGCUGAGCUGAAGAUCAACAUCCGCCUCACACCCACAGGGAAGCAGAUCCCCAUCCGACUGUUCCUCACCAACGAAUCUGGAUACUACCUGGACAUCAGCCUGUACAAGGAGGUCACUGACUCGCGAACGGGACAGGUGGGGCCCAAAGACAGACAGAUCAUGUUCCAGGCCUACGGAGACAAGCAGGGCCCUCUGCACGGCAUGCUCAUCAACACGCCCUACGUCACCAAGGACCUUCUGCAGUCCAAACGAUUCCAGGCCCAGUCUCUGGGAACCACCUACGUUUACGACUUUCCUGAAAUGUUCAGACAGGCUCUGAAGAAGCUGUGGCACUCCUGCCAAAACUUUGCCUACCUGCCCAAGUGUCCCCUUCCGUCUGAGCUGCUCACGUUCACAGAGCUGGUGCUUGACGCUCAGGGCCAGCUGGUGCAGAUGAACCGACUCCCUGGAGGCAAUGAGAUCGGUAUGGUCGCGUGGCGGAUGACGCUGCGUACGCCGGAGUAUCCAACAGGGCGGGAGAUUGUCGUCAUCAGCAACGACAUCACACACAAGAUCGGCUCCUUUGGACCACAGGAGGACCUGCUGUUCCUGCGGGCUUCCGAAAUGGCACGGGAAAGUGGAAUUCCUCGAAUCUACAUAGCGGCCAACAGUGGGGCCCGCAUUGGACUGGCAGAGGAGAUCCGACACAUGUUCCACGUGGCCUGGCAAGAUCCCGCUGACCCCUACAAGGGUUUCAAGUACCUCUACCUCACACCUCAGGAUUACAAGAAGGUUUCAGCCCUGACCUCUGUGUACUGCGAGCAUGUGGAGGACGAAGGAGAAUCCAGGUACAAGAUCACUGACAUCAUCGGAAAGGAUGAUGGGCUUGGUGUGGAGAACCUUAAAGGGUCUGGGAUGAUUGCUGGAGAAUCCUCGCUGGCUUAUGAGGAGAUCAUCACCAUGAACCUGGUUACUUGCCGUGCAAUUGGAAUUGGUGCUUAUCUGGUCCGACUUGGCCAACGAACUAUUCAAGUGGACAAUUCACACAUUAUCCUUACAGGAGCCGGAGCUCUCAACAAGGUUCUUGGCAGAGAAGUCUACACCUCAAAUAACCAGCUGGGUGGGGUUCAGAUCAUGCACAACAACGGCGUAACUCACAGCACUGUGUGUGAUGACUUUGAGGGAGUCUUCACUCUACUACAGUGGCUGUCCUACAUGCCCAAGUGCAAGUUCAGCCCAGUGCCCAUCCUGCACGCCAAGGAUCCCAUCGACCGCUCCAUCGAUUUUGUGCCCACAAAAGCUCCCUAUGAUCCCCGCUGGAUGUUAGCUGGGCGACCCAGUCAAAGUCCGAAAGGUUCAUGGCAGAGUGGCUUCUUUGACCAGGGCUCGUUCAUGGAGAUGAUGCAGCCGUGGGCUCAGAGUGUGGUGGUCGGCAGAGCCCGGCUGGGUGGGAUUCCAACUGGAGUGGUCGCUGUAGAGACCCGGUCAGUGGAGCUGUCAAUCCCCGCUGAUCCUGCCAAUUUGGACUCCGAAGCCAAGAUCAUCCAGCAGGCAGGACAGGUUUGGUUCCCUGACUCUGCCUUCAAAACAGCUCAAGCUAUCAAAGAUCUGAACCGCGAGGGGCUUCCUUUGAUGGUGUUUGCCAACUGGAGGGGUUUCUCUGGAGGAAUGAAAGAUAUGUACGACCAAGUGCUGAAGUUUGGCGCCUACAUCGUGGAUGGACUGAGAGAGUACAAGCAGCCGGUGUUGGUGUAUAUCCCGCCUCAGGCCGAGCUCAGGGGCGGCUCCUGGGUUGUCAUCGACCCCACGAUCAACCCUCGCCACAUGGAGAUGUACGCCGACAAGGACAGUCGAGGUGGAGUCUUGGAACCUGAGGGGACAGUGGAGAUCAAGUUCAGGAGAAAAGACCUGGUGAAGACCAUGAGAAGAGUGGAUCCAGUCUACAUGAGCCUGGCCGAAAGAUUAGGAACUCCUGAACUAAGUCCUCCGGAUCGGAAGGAGCUGGAGACCAAACUGAAAGAGCGGGAGGAAUUUCUGCUGCCCAUCUACCAUCAGGUGGCAGUGCAGUUUGCAGACCUCCAUGACACUCCAGGGCGCAUGCAAGAAAAAGGCGUGAUAACUGACAUCUUGGAGUGGCAGACGUCCCGUCACUUCUUUUACUGGCGGCUGCGUCGUCUGCUCCUGGAGGAGACUGUGAAGAUGAAAAUCCAGGCAGCGAACAGCGAGCUGACCGAUGGCCAGAUUCAAGCCAUGCUGCGCCGCUGGUUUGUGGAAGCAGAGGGCGCUGUAAAGGCUUAUCUGUGGGACAACAAUGAAGAGGUGGUGGGAUGGCUGGAGAGGCAGCUGGCUGAAGAAGAGGGCGCCAGGUCUGUUAUCGACGAGAACAUCAAGUACAUCUGCCGAGACCACAUCCUGAAGCAGAUCAGAAGUCUGGUCCAGGCCAACCCUGAGGUCGCCAUGGAUUCUAUAGUGCACAUGACCCAGCACAUCUCCCCCACGCAGAGAGCCGAGGUGGUCCGGAUCUUGUCCACCAUGGAGACGUCAGCCUCCUCCUAGUGGUGGUCAAGUGCAGUUCCGGGGCUGAACACUGGAGGAGCCAGCGUGAGGUUGCCUGCUGAACACCGGUUUACUGAUGAAUCGCUGGCUAUGAUUCUUCCCCUGGAGAGAAACCAACCAUGAGAUCUGUACAGUUCCAAUAAAUCAGAAUCAAGCGCACUCCCUGCGGAAUGCUUAUGUUACAAUCCUUUAAAUUUUUGGAUGAGUUGAUCGGUGGCCUCCUUUCUGAGACUAUGCACAAUAAUGAUCCGAAAAUGUAAUAGUUGGUCCACACCUUCUCUCUGCUGUUUGAUAAUCGUCCUUGAAGAGCGGAGACUAAAUCAGUUUUAUCGCCAGAGACUUGAGUAAGGAGAAGCAGGAAGGCCUUGUGUAUUUUUUUCUUCACUGGAUAGUAGGGUGCACUUUGUUACUGAAAACUGGUGGAGGAACACUUUCGGACGGCGGAGCUCAGCAGGAUGCUGAGUGUCUCUUAUUAGAGCCGAGUCCCUCACAGUUUUCCUGCCGAGCCGACGGCCGGGAACAAAAACCACAGCUGUCCCUUCUGUUCUCACUCACACAUGCUGCUGUCGACGCACUUUAACGGCCUCUCUUCCACAGUACUGACACAUGCACGGUACACCGAGGUGAAAGAACAGACCUCCUCCAUCACGUUACAUCUCCGCCAGUUGUUUUUAGUCGUUUUAACUUAAGAUAUAUGUGUGUGUGUGUGUGUGUGUGUGUGUGUGUUGAAUAAAGGCUGCUGUUUACUGAUCCAAAAAGUCUAAUACAGAGACAAAUUUUAACUGUAAUCCAUGUUUUAUUUAAUGUGUCUACUUCCUGUUUACCAACAUCAAAUGUUACAGAUUUUAAGAGCCGUUGUUUGCUUUGUCAAGCAGGUCAUCGAGUGGCAGCUGGAGUCGCUUGCACUGUAGUGUUUUAAUCGCAGUGUCCGACAGCUUCUUCGUGGUCAGUGCGGUGCCUUUUUUUAUUGCCUGUACUGUAGUGCAGUUGCUUUGAAAGUGACUGUUUGCUGCCUGUGACUGGAGCGUUAAUUAACAUAACUAAUUGUUUGCAAAUUAAAUAAAGUUUACCUGACUAA